CUAAGACCGUCAACCCCGCUUGACCGUGGCUGACUUGGCUUGAGUCAGAGGCGAAGCUAGCUGCCCGUUGGCCCAGACCAUGGCGCCUCCCGACGCUGCUGGUGGGGGAACCGCUAGUGGCGGCACCGCAGGCGCGUCGAGAGCCGCGACGCCGACGACGACGACAACGUCGUCGUCGGCACCAACAAAGAUUGCACCCCAGCCACGGCCGGUCUCGUCGCGCCCGCCGCCUCAGGCCAUUGCCCCUUCCACGAUGGACCCUUCAUCCGCGUCUUCUACUGUGCCUGCCCGGACGGCCUCUUCGAACGGCAGUGCCUCACCCCAGGCGAUUCAACGCAGCCAUUCGUCCUCGCAGCACCAGCACCAGCACCAGCAUCCGUCGUCGGCACACCACGGUGCUCCCUCGUCGUCUUCGUCGUCAUCUUCAUCCUCAGCAGCAGCGGCAGCGGCAGCGGCGGCCGCCCUCAACAAUCCACGCGCAAAAAAGACGCUGGCCGACGCACUGGCCACAUCGCAGGGCGUGACGCCGCCACGCAAGCGAAAACGGGUGCACUACAGCUGCGCCGAGUGCCACCGGCGCAAGCACCGGUGCGACCGCAACAUUCCUUGCCAGCCGUGCCUCGACCGCGGCCUGGGAGACCAGUGCCGGCCGUUCCAGGAUGGCGACGAGUUUGGCGACGAGCGCGACCGACUCAAGCGGCUCGAGGAUCUCGUCGAGGGUCUGGCACGCGCGCAUGCAACCUUGGCUGACCGGUUUGCCGCUGCGAUGAAGGGAGCCGGCGGUAGUGGUAGUCUUGCCACGAGGGCUGCUCUCGGCGGCAGCAACGGCGCAGUGGUGGGGGCGACUUCGCCCACAUCGAGCGGGACCAGCGCCAAUGGGGCCAGUGCUGCAGCUGCCAAUGCCGUCAAGGACGAAGCGAUGCAGUUAUCAGACUCGGAGGGCGAUGCAAAGGCGAAGCGGGCCAGGAUAAGGCGCAACGAGCGCAUCGAUAUUGAGCGAGACGAGCUCAGGGCACAGGGCAGUUUGCAGGACGAAGUCGGCCAGGCCGGCCUCUAUGGCGGGUCGAGCGAGGACGUCGAGAACCUCAACAACCCGCUCGAGGGUGGCCUUACGCGGGAAGGCGACAGCUUCUAUGGCGCCCUCGCCCUGCCGUCCGUCAGCCGCGGCGUCAUCGAGACAAAGAUUCACGGCGAGAGACUGGAACUGAGCACAAACGUACCACUGCGCUCGGCAAGUGCCAAGGUCCACCGGCUCAUCCAAGAGGGAGGUGCGCCGUCAAACGUCAUCGACGAGCUGAUGAACUGCCUCCCGCCGAGGGAAGAGUCCGACGCCAUGCUCGAGUGGUACUUUCGCGACAUCAACGAGACCCGUCUUCCCCUUCACGAGCGCACCUUCCGGGCCAGCUACGAGGAGAUCAUGAACUGGCGCUGGGGCGACCUGCGCAGCGAAGAGGGCGACGACGGGGCCCGCCACAUUCCCUUUCUCUCCUUUCUCUUUGUCAUUCUCGCCAUUGCCAAGCGAUCCGAGCCAGAGGAGAGGUCGUCAGACGAGGAGGCCAGGAGGGGCGCCCUCUUCUUCCUCCACUGCGCCAGGCGAUCCAUGGCCAUUGCCAAUGCCGUCCGAGCCGACCACAUCGACGUGCUCCUGGCUGCCCUGUACGGCGCCAGGCUACUCAUCACGCUGCGACAGAGCGCAGAGAGCUGGAGCCUGCUCGGCGUCGCCAUCCGAGCAGCGCAGGCCAUCGGCCUCCAUCGAGACGGCACCAAGCUUGGUCUUGACGCCGUGACGACGGAGAGGCGGCGGCGGUUGUGGGCGCUCAUCUACUACCUCGAUCGCACCACCAGCAUGCUCCUUGGCCGACCACAGGGGAUCGAUGACAAGACGUCGGACACACUCCCACCCAGCGACGUCGACAUUGACGUCCUUCCCCGACUGGCGCCCGCCCCCGUCCCGCCCCCCUUCCCACCGUUAGAGCCCGUCGAUGCCAAUGCGCCCCGGAAGCCGCCAGGCGUGUAUGCCAUGGUGGCCAUGCGCCAUGAGCUGGCCAAGCUCACUGGCCGCAUCGUGGAGCACUUCCAGGACCUGUCGAAACCCAGAAAUUACGCAGAUGUCCACCAGCUCGAUGCGGACCUCGAGCGCUUCUACCAAGCCCUGCCGCCGCCUUACCUCUGUCGCGCCCUGAGAGGCGACGAGGCCGAUCGAUCCUUUGACGAGAUCUGUCCCUGGCUCCCCAUCCAUCGCUAUCUCCUCAACGUCGAGUACCACUACGUGCGCAUCACCCUGCAUCGACCCUACCUACUGCGUUCGGAUCGGUACCAGCUCAGCCGUGCCGCUGCAUUCGCCAGCGCAAAGGCUGAUCGACAGAUCCGAGCCGAGUACAAGCGCGAGGUCCACUGGCCCAGCAACCGCGCCCGCAACUCGCACCUGGGCGGCGUGUACCGGCUGUUUAGCAGCACCCUCAUCGCCGGCAUUGAGCUGCUGCUGGACCCCAAGGGACCUAAUGCGCCCGAGCUGCACGCCAUGAUCGACGAAUUCCUCAACAGCUCGAGCAAGGUGUCGGACCCGAGUCAGUGCACAAAGAGGGAGCUGGCCAUUAUCAAGAUCUUCAAAGCCAAGGCACUCGACCCCAGCUGGUGCGCCGCCACGGCCACGGGCGGACAACAGCAGCAGCAGCAGCAGCAGCAGCAGGGCGCGCUGGGCUCGCAGCAGAGACAGGCGGACAGGGGCAAGCCUGUGGGCGCAAAGGGGAGCCAGUCGCAGCAGCAGGCAUCAUCAGACCCGGCCAACAAGCGGCUUCUUCAGCAGCAGCAAUCGACGCAGGAUGCGCAGUCUCAGGGGCCGCAGCAGCAGCAGCAGCCGUCUCUGGCGGGGAGCGGUCCUCAGCCGUUGCAGGGCGACUUGGCGCAGCGCCUCCUCGACCAGCUCGGCGGGCUCGAGUCGAUGCAGAUUCUCAACCAGAACCAAUCGCCCAGCUCUACCUCGUCGGGCUCCUCGUGGGACAUGAGCGGCUUCUUUGGCACUGGAGGAAGCUUGGGAGGCCUCGGAGCUGCCAAUGGCCUGCAGGCUGGCGACAGCGCUUUUCUCGCCGGCGGCAGCGGCGGUGGUGGCGGUGGCAGCAGCAGCAACGUUGCGGGCGCUCCCAUGACGUCGAUGCCGACAGUCUCGGGCGGUGUGGGGAGCCCGUCGCUGGCCAUCAACGUGCCACAGAAUCCGUCUGGCGGCGCAGGAGGUGCCGGGGGCUUUGACGGCUUCUUUAACCCGGCCACGACGCUCGCGUGGAACGCUGGCGACUCCGGCAAGACGGACCAGGCCCAGGGCAGCAAUACGGCGACGGCAGAGGGCGCAGCGGGAGGCACGCCAGCGAUGCUGGGCGUCGGCGACGUCGCCGAGCUCGAGGGCGUCGAUUCGAGCUGGGCAGCAGGCUGGGGCACCCUCGUCGAGGCCAUCGUCUCUGGCCAGGAACUGUAAAACUCCCUCCACCAAACACACGAUUCGAUUCGUCAAACUGUACUUUUAGUCAAGCGGCCCCCCUCUGCUCCUUUUCACUUCCUUUCCUCUCUCUCUUUGCCCCUCCCACGCCCUCUUACUCCACUUAUCUUUGUCCUCCUCUGGAUCUUGCUCGCUCUCUUGUAUAUGGUAGUGAUGGAAUGGGGCUCGUCUUUGCUCACACGUCAAGUCGUUAAGGAAUCAGAGACGGGAAGUGCUG